UACAUGUGACAGACUGAUAAUACGUUGUUUCUGAAUCUUCUGCUAAAUCCUUUCCUCAAUGGCAAGCUGCGAACAGAGUAUUUGCCAAGCCCGGGCUUCAGUUAUGGUUUAUGAUGAUACCAGUAAGAAAUGGGUGCCAAUAAAGCCUGGACAGCAAGGAUUCAGCAGAAUCAACAUAUACCACAACACUGCCAGUAACACCUUUAGAGUAGUUGGAGUUAAACUACAAGAUCAACAAGUAGUGAUUAAUUAUUCAAUUGUGAAAGGACUGAAGUACAAUCAAGCAACACCUACCUUUCAUCAGUGGCGCGAUGCACGGCAAGUCUACGGCUUGAACUUCGCAAGCAAGGAAGAGGCUACCACGUUCUCCAAUGCAAUGUUGUUUGCGCUGAAUAUCAUGAAUUCACAGGAUGGAGGUCCAACUAUCCAGCGCCAGGUUCAGAAUGGACCCUCUCCGGAUGAAAUGGAAGUGCAGAGAAGGCAAGUGAUGGAGCAGCAGCAACAGCGCCAGGAAUCUCUGGAAAGAAGAACCUCUACCACAGGUCCCAUCCUUCCACCUGGUCAUCCUUCCACUGCUGCCACAAUCCCUGCUUCGUCCAGUGGGCCCCCACCUCCGCCACCCCCGCCAGUACCUCCUCCGCCUACAGGAGCAGCGCCACCUCCCCCACCUCCACUGCCGGCAGGUGGAGGACACGGGGGUAGCAUUGACGAUGGGUCAAUGUCAGGACUAGCAGCAGCCCUGGCUGGUGCCAAACUCAGGAGAGUACAACGGCCAGAAGAUGGUUCAGGAGGCUCCAGCCCCAGUGGGGCCUCUAAGAGCGAUGCCAAUCGAACAAGUAGUGGAGGAGGAGGAGGAGGACUAAUGGAAGAAAUGAAUAAAUUACUGGCAAAAAGGAGGAAAGCAGCGUCACAGUCAGACAAGCCAGCUGACAAAAAGGAAGAGGAAAGCCAAAACGAAGAUGCUAGCACCUCGCCUUCACCAGUCACACGAGGCCCUAGCCAGCAGCAGAAUUCUUCAGACCCUGGGAAGAAGCCAUGGGAAAGAAGCAAUUCUGUUGAAAAGCCUGUAUCUUCAUUACUCUCUAGAAAUCCAUCAGUGAAGAGUCUUGAAGCUAAGAGCCCCACACAAUCCCAACUACCUUCUAGGAUGAAGCCCGUGAGCAGCAGCAAUGAUGUGGCUAUGGAUGCCUUAGAUUUUGAUCGAAUGAAACAAGAAAUAUUGGAGGAAGUUGUAAGAGAGUUACACAAAGUGAAAGAAGAGAUAAUUGAUGCCAUAAGGCAGGAGUUGAGUAGAAUCAGUACAACAUAAUGACUGCACAGCAUCUGCGAGGUACUAAGGAUGCUAGGAAGAUUGGAUCAUUUCUAAGUGUACCAAGGUCAUGCAAGAUGGUGAAAGAGGACACCUGCACUGUCUUUGUUCUUAAACCCUUUUUAUUAGCAGACUGAGCACACUUUGAAGCUUGCUGCUGCCUUGGAGUUGCUUCAUUUUAAAAGUCUUAAUCUAAAGAAAAUAUUAAAUUUUAAAUUUCUGGAUUUUUUAGAUUUCAUCUGACACAGCACAUCAGAUUUGUCAGCCUUUUUUGUAUUUUGUAUUUGCUUAUUUAAAUGUAUUAUGUUUCUUUUUAGUAGUAGGUAAGAAAACAUGUGAACCAUUUGCUUUUAAUAGAUGACUUCAAAGUAAUUUUACUGGUAGUCUGCAAUGUAAAUGAAGACCCUUUGCCAACAGAAAUGUAUUGUGG